GCACCUUCAGCUCUGCCUUCAGCUUAGCUUUGUCUCCUCUCUUGUACUACACUAAGAAAUGGCAGACUUCUACUUAAGAUACUACGUGGGUCACAAAGGAAAGUUUGGUCAUGAAUUCUUGGAGUUUGAGUUUAGACCUGAUGGUCGGCUGCGAUAUGCAAACAAUUCUAACUACAAGAAUGACGUCAUGAUCAGAAAAGAGGUGACUGUGAGCAGAAUAGUGAGAGACGAGCUGAGGAAAAUCGUGGAAGACUCGGACAUAACGUCUGAGGAUGACAAGCUGUGGCCAGUGCCUGACCGAGUGGGAAGACAGGAGCUUGAAGUAGUGCUUGGUGACCAGCACAUAUCCUUCACCACCUCCAAGAUUGGUUCCUUAUUAGACUGCAAAUCAUCCAGGGAUGAAGAGGGCCUGAGAGCGUUCUACUAUUUGGUACAGGACAUCAAGUGCUUUGUCUUUAGUCUCAUAGGUCUCCAUUUCAAGAUUAAGCCUAUCUAGCACCUCACAACUGAACUAUGUCGCCACCACUUUUGCAUGAUAUAUUAUACUUAUAUACCCUUUUGUGCUGCUGUAUUGGCAAUGAUUUCUAUUGUGAUCUAAAAAAGUAAGGUUACCAUUUUGACAAAA